AUCGGACAUCAUAUUCGCGCUCGUCAGAAGGUCAUCGCUACCAGUGAGGAAGAGGCGAACGAAAGGGUCAACUUUCGUCAAAUUUUGUCCAAGCGGUAAUAAGCAGACCGCCUGCAUUUCCGAUUUUGGGACAACGACUCCAAUUGUAGGGGCGGAAACAAAACCAUAUUAUUAUACAGUGUCGCUAACGGAAAAUUACGGCACGUGGGGGCGGGUUACCGAACAUUUUUUUGUGUAACACUGAUGGUACAUAAGCAGGUAGUAUGAUAACUUGCAGGUCAAUGUUGCGGUGGGUUACCGGGAGUUUAGGGCAUAUUAGUCUGCAUGUUAAUUAAGAGUAGAUCGGGGCAUUUUAUCUUGUUAUAUGUCAGGCAGUUAUUGAAUGAGAUGUCUGAUGCCUACAGUCUAGAUAGCGCACGUCAUAGACUUUAAGCUACUUGCAAUACAAUUGUGUUUCAUAAGGAAUUUAGUUGUCGGGAUUGUCUUUAAUUGACUUAGACAUAUCUUAGUCGUGUGUCAUCAAUUUCUUGGUCUAUGCUUUGUCAUAAUAUGCCGAAUAACGGUUAUGAAAUAAAGGUUUUCGUCACAUUUAGCGUAUGUGUAAAUUGGAGUGAUAUUAUCUGUUUAGUAAUAGUAGCAUAAUAGGCCAUAUCGUAAUUGAAAUUGUUUGGUGGGAGUUAAAGACUACUAGCCUACAAGUUAAAAUGGGAGUGGGGUCCGAAAAUGCAGCAUCCACCACCAAACUAUCCAUUCGUCAUGGGGUAUGCAAAGAGGAGACGAAUAUCGCUCUGAAAGCACCCUUAAACGUAGAGGGUAUGUUACCAAAGAAAGUGGGGCACGUGACUGCAGAAAGAGCCACCUGGGGUCGCCGCAUUGAGUUUGUCCUUGCAUCGGUGGGGUACGCGGUUGGACUUGGGAACGUGUGGCGGUUUCCAUACCUCUGCUACAGGAGCGGUGGAGGUGCCUUCCUCAUUCCUUACUUUCUCAUGCUGUUUCUGUGUGGAAUCCCCCUGCUCUUCAUGGAGUUUGCCAUUGGGCAGUAUACCCGACUGGGACCAGUGCACGCUCUAGCCAAAAUCUGCCCCUUGUUCAAAGGUGUGGGCAUUGCCACAGUCGUGAUCUCCUUUGUGCUCUGCACCUACUACAAUGUUCUCAUGUGCUGGGCGCUCUACUACUUCUUCAACUCAUUCCGAGCCACCUUCCCCUGGCAGUCCUGCAACAACACCUGGAAUGCUGUCGGUAACUGCUCCAUCGGUUUCCCUGGCAACACCACCCACUUGCAUUCGGCCAGUCAGCAAUACUUUGAUCACAGGCUUCUGGAGAUAACCAAUGGUAUUGAGGACGCAGGAGGACUACGCUGGGAGCUGUUUGGACUCCUUAUCCUGGCCUGGGUCAUUGUCUACUUGUGCAUCUUCAAAGGUGUCAAAUCCACUGGCAAGGUUGUUUAUUUCACCGCCACGUUCCCAUACUUCAUGCUGUUUGUCUUGCUCAUCAAUAAUGUCCAGCUUCCUGGAGCCAAGAAUGGGAUGCUUUACUUCCUGAAGCCCAAGUGGAGCAAGCUGCUUGAUGUUCAGGUGUGGGUUAACGCUGCAGCCCAGGUAUUCAACUCCAUUGGAAUAGGAUUUGGUACCAUGAUCUCCAUGGCCAGUUACAACAAGUUCAACAAUAACAUCCUCAGGGACACAUUGAUUGUCUCCUUAGCUAACUCAGCCACCAGUAUCCUAGCUGGUUUUGUGAUAUUCUCAGCCAUUGGCUACAUGGCUCAUGUCCACAACCUCCCAGUAGACAACAUCGCCACAGAUGGUCCUGGGUUGGUGUUUGUGGUGUAUCCAGAGGUCUUCUCCACUAUGCCUCUGCCCCAGUUGUGGGCUCCUCUGUUCUUCUUCAUGCUUCUCUGCCUGGGACUGGACAGUCAGUUUGCUAUGGUGGAGGUGGCGGUGACGUCCAUAAUGGACGGCUUUGGCCCCAAGGUGCUACGUGUCCUGAAGAGACAGGAGAUCAUCGUUCUGACUGUCUGUGUUAUUGGCUUUCUUCUAGGCAUUCCUCACAUCACUAAGGGGGGAAUGUACGUAUUCCAGCUGAUGGACCACUACACUGCUGUGGUGUCUCUCAUGUUCCUGGCCUUCUUUGAGGUCCUCGCUGUCUGCUGGGUUUUUGGACUGCGGCGGAUGACCAUCGUGAUCAAGAGGAUGUUGGGAAAGGCUCCCAACAUCUAUUUCUGCUCCUGCUGGAUGUUCUUCUCCCCUGUGCUGGUCAUGUGCAUUCUGAUCUCCAGCAUCGUCCAGUACACACCCGCUCGCUAUGGGAAGUCAUACACAUACCCUGUCUGGGCAGAGGUGGUGGGCUGGGGAAUCUCCCUGGUCUCCAUCGUUUGGAUCCCCCUGGGAGCCCUGCAUGAGAUCUGCAGAAAUAAGGGCACACUGAUGCAGAGGAUAAAAACAGCCAUGACUCCUACAAUAGAGUUGGACCCCGUCAACCAUCUACCAGAGAAGGAGAGAGUGGACAUCCCGGAGUCUGUUGUCUUUAUCACUCAUCUGUGAACAGGGACAAAAGCACUGUGUCUAGGUUCGUGAGUCACAGUGACUGUGUGAGUCCUCUAUUAGGAUAGGGAGGUGGGGAGGUUGUUGGGUAGUUUAUGUAAAUAACUUUUCAAGUAUUUAUUCUAUGAAUCACUGAUACCAUGACACCUAACCUAUAGUGAAAUAGACAGGGUAAACAGUCAAGGUAAAACCAUAGGUUAUGGACCUCAAAGAUGUCCUUCAAGUGCCAUGACAUGUCCUUGCCUGGAAGCACUUUAUUGCCUUACAGGUACUGGAUACCCAAGUGCUUACACACACUUUUUUUUAAUAAUACAAAUAUUACAGGUUAGCCUACUCUGACACUUACAAACAUAUUAAUAAAAACGAUGAUGUCCGAUUCAUAUAAUUGGCCAACGAAAAGGGGAGACACCAAUACAAUAUGACGUCCAUCUAACCUGGAGGAGGAAAUGAUUGUCCAAAAACAAAAGUGGCGCAGACCCAAUGACAAAGACAGUGAAUAUGCACACUCACCUGGGAUAUGUCAAUACAAAAAAAUAUAAAAUCAUUCAAAA